AUGGUGCAGAGGAUAUCCUUCGCGAUCCUCCUGUUCACGGCUGGUCCCGCCGCGGCCUUACUGGGGACGCUUGAGAAGAAAGUUCUCGGUUGUAUUACAGAUAACAGCACAGCGGGCUCGUAUUCUAAGCUGGAUGCGAUUUCGCCACGUUUCCUUCUCUACGAUGAGCCCUCUGAUGAACCCAUGUAUACCAUUUAUUGGGAUAGGGUGGGAGGACCGGAGCCCUUGCGUGUGCGGAGGAUGUUGAGCUCAGUUGCGAAGCUCGUCGUUGUGAUUCAUGGUUUCAAAGAGACAUCCGAUAGCGGGUGGAUGCAGGAAAUGGCGAGACUCCGGACAUCAGAAGACGGUACUUCAGUCAUGCUCGUCGAUUGGCGAGAAGGGGCGCGUAUGAAGAAAGCGAUUUCGCUCGUCAGAGACUACACACUUGCAGCAUCAUACGUACCCAUGUUGGGUUUCGCUCUGGCUUCACUCGUGCGACGGCUCAUGAUUACGAACCGUAUCCAUCCUGAUCGAGUUGAGUGCGUAGGCUUCAGCCUCGGAGCUCAAAUCGGCGGAUACUUCACGAAAUAUUUGAUGGAACAUAAACUCAAGAUCUCCAAAACUACUGCUGGAUAUAUUCCCCUCCUCCCAGCUCUGGACGCCGCAGCGCCGAUAUUCGUCAAUCAGGGAAUCAUGCCCUCGAAGAAAAAUGUGCGAUUCCUUGAAGUUGUUCACACCUCGGCGAGCGACGGAUCUCUGAGCAACGACGCAGAAGGACGCCUCGGUAUCGACAAGAAUUUUGGUCACGUGGAUUUCUACCCAAACGGUGGUCGACAACAACCUGGAUGCUCUGAGUGUCAGUGUCUUCACAUUUUUCCGCACAGAAUCGUUUUCUGCUGGUCUCGGGAUGACGACCAUCUGAAAUCGUGUACUGUAUUCGCUGCGGCCGAAUCUGGAAAUGGGGCUCUGAUGAAUCUUCUCCUUCAAGGGGUUUUCACCAUUUGUCACCAUAGACGAGCCCACGAACUCUACCUGGAGGCUUUGAGGAAGAAUUCCUGCCGCUUCAGAGGUUACAGAUGUGAUUCAUACAAAAAGGCGCUCAGAGGAGACUGUGAUCCCAGAAUCUCGCCCAGGUUUUAUAUCGGCAUGCCUUUCAAUCGCUGCAAGCUCGGCACCGCCUGCAUUUUCAACGUCCCUACAUCCUCGAAGCCUCCGUACUGCUAUUCGCUCUCGUCAGCGCAACCAAGUUUAAAUGAUCGUCACGCCGACCAGCGGAAUAGGCUCUGA